UUUGAUUUAGGAUUGAUGGUAUCCGCAGGAAUAUCUUGUAGGCAGCUGUUUUCACUUUUCAGUACCUUUGUUGGAAGACAACAGUAAUAAGCUCCUGUUCAGAUCUUUGUUCUCCUCAUAUAUUGUCCUGAAAUAACUGUUUAUUUUUGUUUCUAAGUUAAUCUUCUUCUUGUCAUCUCUACGUUAAUGCUCUCGACGUUAUGUUGCUUUCUUCUUCUUGCAAAGAGGCUGCUAUGGAAACAGCAGACGAGGAGAUCCCGCUGGUUGCUCACCAUCUCCAACCUCCUCCUCAGGUUGUAGCGUCAGAGUAUGCAAGUGAUGGAUCAGUUGAUAUCAACAAACAACCUGCUGUCAAGCGCAGCACAGGGAAAUGGAGGGCAUGCUAUCUCAUCUUAGGUGUUGAAUUCUGCGAAACCAUGGCGUUCGGUGCAAUCUCAACGAAUUUAGUGACCUUUCUCACCACUGUGCUCCACGAAAGAAAGGUGGACGCAGCAAGAAAUGUCUCCGCCUGGCUCGGAGCAUGCUGCCUGUCACCACUUCUUGGAGCUUUCUUUGCAGACACUUACUGGGGAAGAUACUGGACCAUUGUUGCAUCCGUCCCAGUCUACAUCAUCGCAAUGCUCAUUCUGAUAGCUUCAGCAUCACUCCCAGUAUUCUCAGCGUCCUCCUACCAUGAUGUUCAUAGUGCAGCGGUUUACCUUGGACUCUACCUUCUUGCCAUUUCGAAUGGCGGUCUCAAGCCUUGCAUUUCAACCUUCGGGGCUGACCAGUUUGACAUCAAUGACCGGGUGGAGCUGGCCCAGAAGGGCUCCUUCUUCAACUGGUACUUUUUCUUGACCAGCACCAGCUCCCUUCUGUCUGGCACAGUGAUUGUUUGGCUGGAGGACAAUGUUGGGUGGGCGGUCGGCUACGUCAUCCCAGCAGUGCUCAUGCUCUUCUUUUUCGUGGUAUUUGUCGCCGGCUCGAGGAUAUAUAGAUUUAGGGGAAUGGAAGCAAGCCCCCUUACAAGCAUUUUUCAAGUGGUUGUUGCUGCUGUCAGGAAGUGGCAUUUGCAAUUGCCGGAAGACAGCUCGCUUCUGUAUGAGCGUUCGCCUUCUACAGCUGAAGCAAGUCAAAAGAACAAGCAUUCCAAUCGGUUCAGGUUCUUUGACAAGGCUGCCAUUGCCCCAUCAGACAAUGAAUCCGUGGUGCAGAUGAGUUCAUGGAGACUCUGCACAGUGUCACAAGUUGAGGAGCUAAAGAUGCUGCUUUCGAUGUCCCCAACCUGGGGGUCAUUUGUGAUAUUUUAUUCAGUCUCCGCUCAGAUGCAAUCAACAUUGGUUGAGCAAGGCAUGUUCAUGGAUAAACAUGUUGGCUCGUUUGCCAUCCCACCUGCAUCCAUGCCCACUGUUAGUGUGUGCAGCUUCCUCAUCUGGAUUCCCAUAUAUGAAACCAUCUUAAUACCAUUGGCGCGUCGCUUCACCGGCAAAGAGAAAGGCAUCUCCCAGUCGCAGCGCCUUGGAAUUGGCCAAGCUCUGUCCACACUAACCAUGGUGCUUGCUGCAUUGUUGGAGACAAGGAGACUGGCGAUCGCGGAAGCCAACGGCCUGAAACAUCAGGAUGUGCCCGUGCCAAUCAGCAUCUUGUGGCAGGUGCCACUUUACUUGGUGCAUGGUGCAGCCGCGGUCUUUGGUGGCAUUGGCUUGACUGAGUUCUUUUACGACGAAGCCCCAGUGACCAUGAGGAGCCUGUGCGCAGCGCUCGGGCAACUUGCAACUGCUGCCGGGUCUUACUUCAGCUCAGCUGUGCUCAGCAUUGUUGCAGUGGCCACAACACGCGGUGGCGAACCUGGGUGGAUUCCAGACAACCUGAAUGAAGGCCAUCUCGACUAUUUCUUCUGGAUGAUGGCUGCUCUAAGCUUUCUGAAUUUGGUUCUGUUUGUGGGUUACUCAAUGAGGCAUAAAAGAAUAUAACAUUUUUAGACUCAAGUGGUGCAGCCAAAGUUGAUGUCUGUGAUCAAUAGCCUAUGUAGACCGACAUGAGAUGCGGACCAGAUAGUACAUGGCGUGUUUCAUCUACCAAGGGGAAAGAUUAAUCAUUGAAUCUUAGUAUAUAGUGUAUAGAUAUUUUUUCUAAUUUUCUAAUCUUCUGUAACUGUAAAAAGCUUUCCUCCUAAAUAAUUGGCCAGUUCCAUCUAAAAGUCAUUCUAUGUUAACAUC